GCCAACAUCAAUCAAAAGCUUUGAUAGAUAGACAUUUUUCAUCUCAACUUUUCAUCUUCUUUCACCAUCUUAUCUUGCUUGUCUGGUUCUUUAUAUUUUAAUUCCUCAAAAUGUUACAAUUGCAAUCUUUUAAUUUAUCUGUUGAGAAAACUUUAUCUGAAUUGAUAAAUAACGAAUCUCCAAAGUCCUUUGAUCGAAUAAUAUCUGAUUUUGAUAAUACUUUAUUUCAUAUUUCAACUCCUGAAUCAAAAACACAAAUUUUAUUAUCAAUUUAUCUUAAGUGCUUUGAUGAUUUGGUCAGAUAUGGCGAUAUCAAUAGCUACUUAGCAAACAUCUAUUCCAACUAUAAUAUCUUGGACACUCCUGAACCCGGUUAUAACUUUUCGAUUUAUUUAGACUUGGUCCAAUUUAAACAAAAUUUUUCAAUUGACCAACAAUACGAAUUUAUUAGUAAAAUAUCCUUUUUAAAGAGAAAUUGUCUUGCCGCUCCCUUUGAAAAAGCAAUUAAUAAAUAUAACGAAUUAUCUCUAGAUUUUACCAAAAGACAAGCUUCAUUACAAGAAAAACACUCAAUCUUUAAAGACAUUACUCAAUCGCAAAGAGACGAUGCUGAUAGCGCUGAAAUUUUGGUUAUAAACUAUAGAAACGAUGAGUCAAUCUAUAUUAAACCUUCUUUCGAUAGAGUCACUGUCAUCUUCUCAACCAUCUUUAAAGAUGAAACCGACAAAAUAUUCGGUAAAGUCUUUUUACAAGAGUUUGUCGAUGCAAGAAGAAGAUCAGUUCAAAAUUCUCCCCAAGUUUUGUAUUCUCAUAUCGAACCACCUUUAGAAUUGAGAAGUUUGCCUGAAUUUCUCGAUCUUAAAUCAUCAAUCUCUUCCUCAAACAAAUACGAAAAGGGUUUUGUAACUUUUGUCUUAUUUCCAAGACAUUUAACCUCACAAAAGAGAGAUAAUACAAUCAGUCAAAUUCAAUUAUUUAGAACUUAUUUUCAUUAUCAUAUUAAAUGCUCAAAGGCUUUUAUGCAUUCAAGAAUGAGAUCAAGAGUCUUGGAAUAUCUUAAACUAUUAAAUAGAGCUAAACCUGAUUUUGAAGAGGGUUCUAAAAAAGUUGAAAGAAAGACUGCUAGUGGUAGAAGAUUUGAGAUUAGAAACUAAUAUAUAUAUAUGUAUGUUCAAAUAUUGAUUGAUCAGUGUAUCCGGUCUUUUUCAAUUGUUUUAUUUUCAAUUGUUUUAUGCUUAUAAUUAUAAAUAUUGUUACUUCUUUUAAAUGCAUUAUUACUACACAUAUAUAAAUGUAUAAAUGUAUAUUUAUAUAUUAUCAAUUCAG